AUGAACGACAAGAAGAACAAGGCACUUGCAAUCAAGGACAAAUCUCAAUCUUCUUGGUCGGCAAAUUGCAGUGCACCUGCUAGGAAUCUAAGUAAGAGUGAUCUUGGUGCAGUUAUUUUUGGAUGCAAGCAUCACACAAUCAAUGAAUGUUAUAACAGGCUGCUGUUUGGUUUACCAGCUGCUCAUUAUUCAUAUGUAAAGAACGUCACUCCUGGUUUGCCAUUAUUCUUAUUCAACUACAGUGAUCGGAACCUUUAUGGUAUCUUUGAGGCUGUAAGCCCUGGACAAAUGAAUAUCAAUCGAUAUGGUUGGAUGGAAGAUGGUUCAAAGGACACACCAUACCCUGCACAGGUUCGGGUCCAAAUCCAGAUGCAGUGCCAGGCCUUGUCUGAAGCUCAGUUUAAGCCAAUAAUUGCUGAGAACUACUAUGGGUAUAAUCUUUUUUAUUUUGAGCUGGACCGAGCUCAAACACGCAGCUUGAUCUCCUUGUUUUCAUCUUCACCGGUUGCUGGAAAUACCUCUCUUUCCCAGAAUACAUUUAGAUGUCGGACCACAACUACUACAAGUCAAGCCGGUGAUGACAUGACCUCCGUUUCAGAGGCGUAUGUUGGUCAUUCAGAUCGGUCUAACAUGCAAUGGGGCUCAUGGGACUUUCCUGGUUUAGACAGUGAGAGCCAGAAUUUGGAAGCACCAGUGGGUGCGGAUGCAGCUGGAAAGUGCGAGCAGGAGCUUGUAAACCAAAAACAAAAUGCUGAACGUUCAUUUUCUUCAGUCGUUAUUAACACGAGUGCUUCCCUUCCUCAGAAGAAGUGGAGCUCUCUAUUCAAAACUUCAACCACUUUUGAUACCUUAAAAGAAAAUGAAGAGGAUAGUACUCUAGCUUCAGAGAUAACAGCUCCUCAUUCUGAUCACAACAUGGAAUUGGUGUCUCCAUGUGAUGCACCUUAUCCAGGCAGAGAAAACCAGCUUUUGGAAGCUCAUGUAGAUGAGUCAGUUGUAGAGAAACAUGAUAAUGAACUUAUAGGCUUGAAAUCAGAUUGUAAAUAUUCGUACGCUUCUUCUCCUCUGACAGAAGCAACUGGUUCUGUUCCAUCGGCCACUUUAUUUGAAACUCUACCCUCUGCUGGUACAAGACAGGAAGAAGAAUAUCCUAAGAGGGUGGAAUCAGAUUUGAAUCUUCUACAUUCAGAUGAGUCCAAUAUGGGAUGGGAAUCAUUGGCUACACUUCAUUUGGAUGGAGAAAGCCAGCCUUCAGAAACUUCUACAGACAACAAUUCAACAAAAACAUACAAUGAAGAACUAGUGCGCCCACAGCAAGAUUCAGAUUGUUUGUAUUCCUCCACAGUAAGAAAAGAGAUUAAUGCAGGUGACAAUUAUUCGAAAAACCAUGCUCCUUUUGUGAUGGCAGGAAUACAUUCAGAGGACAGAUGUUUUUCAGAAGCUGUGACUGUUUCAGAAGUAAAGUCUUCUGAUACACAGUCUGUUAUAGAUAAGUUGAUUCAGCAAGUUGAAGCAUUGAAGGCAUCUCAACUGAAACAAAUUCGGAAAAUCAGCUCUCUGGAGCAGGAGCGGGUUAGAUCAAACAUAGAAAUUCAACAAUUGAAAAGCAGAUGUAGCGCGUUGGAAUCAGGGUCAUUCUCUUCAAAUUGGAAUGCUGAGGAAGGAGCAUCUUGGUAGGCAUUUGAUGGUUCUCUGGGUCCGAUGAGAUCUUUUGCGUCCAUAUAUUACUCAGCAUCUAAACUCAAUGAAUGGUGGUGAAUUUUAUGUACUUUUCUCGUAUCGAUAGUGAUGAUGUGUGGUAUGGACUUGGAUACUAUUAAACCUUUAGUGUAUUUUGAUCUAAGUGUACUGGAUGGUAGACUGGAAAAUUUCAUUGAAUUAGAAGGA